UAUUAAUAAAUACUAUACAGGUGUCCUGGYUUUUUGAGUCCAGGAAGGGCGAGAMGCUCAACAUAGCCGUGUACCACCCCAAUUUUGGGGUAAUGUACCCCYCGUCACCCSUGAAGGGACGAGUUAGCUUCCCCARGCCCUCCCUCAGCAACCCUUCAAUCCAGAUCUCUGACAUCAAGAUGACUGAUGAAGGGAGAUACAUCUGUGAAUACGCCACCUACCCCAGCGGCAAUGAACAGGGCAUCACCUCCCUCGUUAUACUAGCUCUGUCAACAUCACCACCUUUCUACUGGAACACCACAACAGAAACAGCAGGACCAACCAACCAAUCAACCACACUGGCUGGUAACACCACAACAGUUACACCAGUGACAGCGUGGCAAGAUGCCCCGAUCAGAUUGAUCAACGGUCCUAACUCCU